GUCUGCUGCGAGUCCGACCUGCCUCCCGUCCGGCUACCAUGUUGGUUCCCAUCAACCUCCUGCUGCUCUCCGCCCUGACCUUUCACCCCUGCGCUGUCACGGGAGGAAGAGCCCAGAGGAGACAGAGGCAAGCAGAGGAGUCACUCAGGCCUUACCUGGGAAGAGUAGAGCCUGGUGCGCUGUGUGAGCUCCUGAGGUGCCACAGUCCAGUGGGCUCCUGGUGCCAGGUGGUGGAGGAGGAGGGCCAGCUCGUCCCCAAGUGUGUCUGUCCACACACCUGUCCACGCCAGGGGGUGCCAGUGUGCAGCGUUCUGGGGAAGAGCUAUGCCAACGAGUGCCUUCUGCACAAGGAAGCGUGUCGUAGGAAACGGCGCAUAGGCCUCGCUCACUUUGGAACAUGCAUGGUGGCUAAGAGUGAGUGUAGUGUGGAUGAGCUGGGCCAGUUCCCGUACCGGCUGAUGGACUGGUUCCUACUGCUGAGCAGAAUGGGGGAGAGCUACGACCCCAAAGCACCCUCACACAACUGCCUCAACAGGACCGCACGCAUAGAGCUAGCACAGAGGCGCUUCACCCUAUUGGACCGUAAUAAGGACGGCAAGUUGAGCCGCAGGGAUCUUAAGAAGCUUCACUACAAGAGGAUUCCAUUGGAACACUGCGCCAGGACAUUCUUCCAAUCGUGUGACAAGAACCGGAAUAAGAAGGUGACCCUCAGAGAGUGGACCUCCUGUUUGGUCAGAGGAUCUGAGCGAUGGUUCCAGUAUUACAUGUCAAUGAAGAUGGGAUCACGUAAGCUGUGCCCAGCAACUGAGAGCAAUCUUUAACUCAGUUCUGAAGAGGGGUAACCUUAUGAAGAGUUAUAAAACAAAAAAAGAACCAAGGUCAGUGUUCUGCUGAAGAGGUCGUCAGUUUGUACGCAACUUCUUUGAGCUUUCAAUGGAGAUCUACUACAGCAAAACAAAUUGGCACCACUGCCCCUCCUGCUGGUGAAGUGGAUAUGACAUG